AUGGCGGGCGUUCGAGGAGUGGAAAGCGCAUCAAAAGUAGGAAACUCGGCUAAAAAAUGCAAAAUCGAACUACGUUUAUACAAGAAAAUCCCAGUAUGGAUAUGCGAAUACCAUCAAGAAGUUUUGCCGUAUAUUUACAGAGCAAUCGGGUCAAAAUAUUUGCCGUUUUCCGGCAUAACUUUGCUGCAUUUUGACUCGCAUCCCGACCUGAUGGCCCCGCUGGAUAUGAAGGCUGAAAGCGUGUAUAAUAAAGAUAUAUUGUUUGAUGUUGUAAGUAUUGCAGAUUGGAUAUUACCUGCAGUUUAUGUUGGCCAUAUUAAGAAAGUUAUUUGGAUAAAACCGCCAUGGUCAGAACAGAUUUCUGAUAAAAUAUUAUGCUUUAAUGUUGGGAGUCAUAAAAUUGAACGAACAAUAAGGUAAAUGAAUGAUUUUUAUAAUAUAAUUGCUACUUGAUAGGGUUGUCUAUGUUAAUCUGCAGUAUUUCAGUUUGUGUUAAACCUUUACCAAAAAUGCUGUGUUAAUUAAUCCCCCUCUUAAAUAACCCCCCCUCAACUCCCCCCCUUGCCACCUUCAAAAAAGUUCUGGACAUGCAUAGCUGAACAUAUGAGAGGAUUUAUGGUAUGUGUAGAUGAUUACCAAUUUGGGCAAUUUUUUAUAAGAUCUCUGGGGCACACUUGCAAAAGGUACAAAUCUAGGGGCAAGGGAGUUCACCCUUCACAAAAUAAGUCUCCUUUUGAAUGGAGAUGGUUCAGUAUGUGUGCACACCAUGCACUGGUUGACAAAGAUUUUGUUGUGUGUAUGAUUAAACAACUAAAACAAGUAUUUUUACUCACAGAACUCUAAUAGUGCUAGGGUAUGCCUGGUGGAUAAAGAACCCCCACUUAUACCUACUUUGUAAGGAGUUUGACCAAGAUCAGUCUUUGGUCAAAAUAUGGCAGUGUCUUCAUGUCCCUAUUCAAGUAGUUCUGUCACUGUUAUAGUAUUUAAAAAAAAACUGGCAGUGUUUUAAAUAAUAUGUAUUUUACUAGAGUGUCAUGUAGUGAGAAAUAUUUCUGUGAAGACGGACUGUAUGUGCCUCAGGAAGAAUUAGAAAACUGUAGAGAACUAACUGUAGUUGUGAAGACCAUGCCAGUCAAUAAUUCACGCAACACGCCACCUGGAAAUGAUGUGGACGCAUCGUAUCCUGCUGGGGAGAAACAACAAAAUAAUGCAUCUAAGAGUUCUUCUACAGAUUGCUGUAGUGAUAAAGUGAAAGAUGAACAGAAAUUUGAUUUUCAACAGGGAGGCGAUUGUGAUUGCAAACAGUUGAAUAUAGCAAGUAAAUGUGCUUCCCUUGACAGAACCCAAUUUGAAAAUGAUGAAACUGUCAAAUCUUCAAAAAGCCAUCCACAAGGAGAGAAUUUGUGUAACAACCAUUGUGAAAAUUUGAGUGUGACAGAUGAAUGUGUUUGCUCUGAUAAAAGAAAAUUUGAAAGUGAUAUUCAGUUGUUUAUCAAUGAAGUGUUGUCUCAGCUAGAAGAACCUUACAUUUUGGACAUUGAUAUGGACUUUUUCUCCACCUUGAAUCCUUUUAAAACAAUGUUUUCUAAGGUUUGUACUUCUUAUUAUUUAACUGACUUAAACUCUACCCUACAGACCACGUCCCCUCUCCCCUCGUUUCCCCACCUCAUUCUCUUCCCUCUCUAAGAACAAGUAACCAUCAACCAGUGUAUACUGAAAUUUUCAAAACUUAUAGCAUUCGAUAACGUUAUAGAAAGAAUUUGAAGUGCUGAAGAGAUUUUAUGAAUUUCCUCAAGUUGAUUCUCACGAGGAGCCUGUGAGUAUAACAUUUAUUUGUUCUAGUUUAUUUUUCCUUUUAAAUUUGUUGUACUUUAGUAUACAGUCAAAACUACUCUUUAACGAACGUCAUUUCCGGAGCCAUACAAAUAACAAGAAAUUAUUGGAAUGCUAUGACGUAAGCUGAUCAAUUAUAGCGCUAAACCCCAAACACGGCUGGUCAGCCGCUUGUCACCCGCUUGUCACCCAAAACAAAAGUCAAAAUCCUUCAUAAACCAAGACAAAAUCUGGCCUAAUCUCUGUCUAUGCCCAGUUUAUAGUUUUUCCCCGUGUAGUUGAAACGUAGCCUGCUCGCCGAAAUUGUGUUCUAAGAAAACUGAAAAUUUCGGGUGGGGACUGCUGAGCAGGCUAGUUGAAACGGUAAAGUUAGGAAAUUAGGUAGAUUACCACUAGACUCGUGACAAAAAAUAAAAUAAAGGGGGAAAUUACAGCUAGCGGGGGGAUGAAAUUGGCGAACCUAUUAACUCUUCAAAAGUCACGCUGGUAAAAAUCGGUCAAUCUAGCCCAAAUUUGAUAUUUUACGAUUCAAUUGUUUCUACGUAAGUGUAUCAGCAAGUAUUCCCCCCCCCCUUUAAAAUGAGAAUCACUGUUGAUAUCCUCACAAAAUAAUCUUUUCAACGGGGGUUUGAAUGCCGUCAAAACAUUGCACAUUAAUUAAAGCACAAGCGAUUUAAAAUUGAAAUAUCUCAAAUUCAUCCUCGUCUUCUUUUGAUUCGUAUCUUGAGUUUCAAGAUGCUAAUCUUCGUAUUGUGUUUUGUCUUAUACAAAGCAAUUUUGGGUAAGUGCAUAUGACGAAAAAUCUCUAUUACUUCUGGCAUUUAGUAGUUACGUUAUGACGGAUAUUAAACCGCAAUGACAAUGUCUUUGAAUAUGGUGAAUAAUACGUGAUUACUAUUUUGUUUUUGAAUUUGAUGUUUUUGGUGAACUACGUUAUUUCGUCACGAACAUCAACAAAAACUAAUCUUAAAGUCGUCAAUGAUGACGUGAACAGUGAUGCGUCUUUCACAUUUGUGGCCGGAAGUUGACCUCUAGAAUACGCAGUUGCCUGAUGUCGUUGACUCUAGCACAGAAUAAGAAGGUACAGCAGAAGUGUAACUUGAGUCGGUUCCUUUAUUGUUUUAUGUCCGCGAAAAUUUUAACUCGCUCACGCCAUCCUGGCUAGUACAACCGGAAGUUUUUAUCAGGUUUUGGUAGGUACAAAGUGCCGAUUGUACUAGCCAGGAUGGCGCGAUUGAUGACGAAUCGCUUGUAAAAACGCGGACAAAUACUUGCUUGAGUUACACUUCUGCUGUACCUUCUUAUUCUGUGACUCUAGUCAAAAUAUUUUCCGUCAGUAAAACGUUUAUGUCAUAUGACGUCAAAAUAUAUUCGACGUCAUAACUUUAGGUAAAGACUCGUUUAUUUGUCCAGGAAAUUUGACGUCACAAAACUUGGGAAUCGUGAGUCAUCAGUCAAUUUACGAGACAAAUUUACGUAAAUUAUAUAUUCGACACGCCAGGUGAUCUAGCGUACAUAAACGAAUAAAAGAGGGGUUCCUCCCAGAGAAGCUCAAAACAAAAGAGCUCAAUUUAUUAAAGAAGCACUGAAAAAUAUCUCUACUUUGGUUCGAUCCGAAAAUGGCUUGGCACAGUGGAGCUUGGUGGCCUCUAUAUGUCCCGCAGUGGUACAGCCCGAAGGUUUCUCAGCACUUAUUUGACCCGUACAGCUUCACACAUAUUCUUCACGGAGUGGUAUUGUAUUAUUUGUGGUAUUUGCUUGGAUUCGGACCGGCAUUUGGCUAUCUAACCAUGUUUGCAUUGGAGUUUGCUUGGGAAUGGAUUGAAAAUAGUAAAACUGUCGUCGAGCGCUAUCGAAAGACGAGCGGCACAUCUGGCGAAUAUAAUGGCGACAGUUUUCAAAAUAGUAUCGGCGAUCUGAUUGCGUGCGAA